CACUUGCUUGUUCCUGUAUUGCUGUUGGGUGGGACAGACAGCGGAAGCGGCGUUUUGCAGCGCUGACACUCCACUUUUCCCAGCCUAAUUCGACACAAAUUUUUACCACAAUGCCGGCUUACCACUCCAGUCUUAUGGAUGCCGACACCAAGCUGGUGGGGAAUAUGGCAUUACUGCCCCUCAAAACACAGUUUAAAGGACCAGCACCCAAAGAAACCAAAGACCAAGACAUCAUUGAUGAGGCUAUCUAUUAUUUCAAAGCCAAUGUGUUCUUCAAGAAUUAUGAAAUUAAGAAUGAGGCUGAUCGAACAUUGAUCUACGUCACCCUGUACAUCUCUGAAUGCCUCAAGAAGCUGCAGAAGUGCAGCUCGAGGGGGCAGGGAGAGAAGGAGAUGUACACGCUGGGAAUAACCAACUUCCCCAUCCCAGGAGAGCCUGGAUUCCCACUGAAUGCCAUGUAUGUCAAACCCUCCAACAAACAGGAAGAAGAGACUAUGAGGGCCUACCUGCAGCAGAUUCGUCAGGAGACAGGCCUGAGACUGUGUGACCGGGUGUUUGACCCACAGACAGACAAGCCAAGCAAGUGGUGGGUGUGCUUUGUAAAGAAACAGUUCAUGAACAAGAGUCUGUCUGCACCUGGUCAAUAGGCAUCGGCUGAGAUUUUCUCUUGGUACUUUUACAUGGAGCGUGGAUGGGAUUAUUUUUUUCAGCGUUUGUUGUCAUUUUCUUUAUUUUUUGGCGGGAGGCGGUGCUUCCAUUGGAUAUCUGGUUUAAGAUUAAUUUUAUACCGCAGAUUUGCAAAGUCCAACGUAUUUGAUCCUUUCUGCAGCCAUACGUUAUGUAUGCAAAACUCAAGGUGAUCAAAUAAAAUAUUAAAGAAAAAAA